AUGGAAAUGCUAGAUAACCUUGAGUCUAUGAAGUUCGAAUAUGGGAUUCCAGAGGAAGAACGUUACUGGCUGUAUUUACAGGGCCGUUACCGAGGAUUGAUGAUCAAGGGCUGUGCCCAUGCAGCCUUCUUUUGCAAAAUGUUCUUCGAUUUGAGCAAACUGCUGCAGGAGCUGCCGCGCAUAAUCCAUUCCCGGACUGUCUCGUUUGAUGCCGCGGCUACCGAGGACGUGAAGCUAACGGUGGGCGUCAUUGGAUGUGGCCACAUUGGAAGGCAGCUGACUAACGUGCUGCUGAAAACCGUCUCCAUCCCUCCAGAGAACCUGCAGAUCUCCACUCGGAGGCCAGACUCCCUGGUUGAGCUUCGGAAACUAGGAGUCCGGUGCAUCUAUGACAACGCUGCUGUGGCGAACUGGGCCAAAGUGUUGUUCCUCUGCUGUUUGCCCGCCCAGCUGCCUAAUAUCUGCCUAGAAAUUCAAUCCAAACUCGAUAAAUCCUGCAUCGUGUACAGCUUUGUAUCUGCGAUCACGAUACCCAGGUUGAAAACUUUACUGAACCACACCAAUAUCGUGCGACCCCAGUAUCAAUUUGUUGAGAAAUUUGAAAACAUCUGGGGAGAGAAUGAAGAGGUCCCAGCUGCUCUCCGGAAUUCAUCAAUUAUCCGGGGUACCUGCCCCUACAACAGUCUUGGGGGAGUAAUCCUCAAUGUCAAGUGGCUGGAGGGGUUGUGCUACGCCCUCAUCAACGCCUGUACGUCAAGGGGCGUGUUUCACUCACAGGUGCUGAAGCUUUUGAACAAACUGUUUCUCUCUGUGCACUUAGAAAGCUGCAAGACAGACCCGGCAUCCUGCCCCAAAUUUCAGUUAACAGAUUUUAUGAACAAAAGCUACGUCAGGAACUUGUAUAAGAAAAGGCCUUUCCCGUGGUUUGAUCUGACUACUGUGCAAACCAAGGAAACUCCCUUCAGCCAGCACAUCUCCGCUACUCGUGCUCUUCAGGACCACAUUAGUCUUCUCUACUGUGAAACAUUUGGCCUCUCCAUAGGCGAAGAACAACUGCCUUACAUUUCCACCGUUAUCCAACCUCUAGAAGAAGUCUCGGAUUGAUGAGAGCCAUGCAUUGUGUGUAAUACCUGAGUGAAGAAUAAAAUCUGAGGUCCUCCUA